GCGUCAGAGCGUCUGUCGGGCCCGCGCAGUGGUGCGAAAAACACUGUGCGCGACUGUGCGUGCGUGCGUGCGCGUUCCGCCCGUGGUAUCAGCAAAAAUAUGCAAAAGUAUGAGAAGCUCGAGAAAAUAGGAGAAGGCACUUAUGGCACCGUGUUCAAAGCCAAGAAUCGCGAGACACACGAAAUCGUCGCGCUGAAGCGGGUGAGACUGGACGAUGACGAUGAAGGUGUACCGUCGUCAGCUCUACGGGAGAUCUGUCUACUGAAGGAACUCAAGCAUAAGAAUAUAGUUCGCCUCUAUGACGUCCUGCACAGCGACAAGAAGCUCACCUUGGUGUUUGAGCACUGCGAUCAGGAUCUCAAGAAAUAUUUUGACAGUCUAAAUGGGGAAAUUGAUUUGGACGUUGUUAAAUCAUUCCUGUAUCAGUUAUUAAGAGGACUAGCGUUCUGCCAUAGCCGAAAUGUUCUGCACAGAGAUCUCAAACCACAGAACUUACUCAUCAAUAAGAACGGGGAGUUGAAGCUCGCCGAUUUUGGAUUAGCAAGAGCAUUUGGUAUUCCUGUAAAAUGUUACUCGGCGGAAGUUGUUACAUUGUGGUACCGUCCCCCGGAUGUUCUUUUCGGAGCAAAAUUAUAUACAACGUCCAUUGACAUGUGGAGCGCGGGAUGCAUAUUCGCCGAAUUGGCGAACGCUGGCAGACCGCUCUUUCCUGGAUCGGAUGUGGAUGAUCAAUUGAAAAGAAUAUUCAAAAUGCUAGGCACACCGACCGAGGAAACCUGGCCAGAUUUAACGACGCUUCCCGAUUACAAGCCCUUCCCACAGUACCAUCCCACACAAGGACUGGCACAGGUUACACCCAAACUCACUUCAAGAGGCAAAGACUUACUCCAGAGAUUAUUGGUGUGUAAUCCGGCUCUACGAUUGUCGGCGGAAGAAGCGAUGGCGCAUCCAUACUUCAACGACUUAAACCCUGCCAUAAAAAAUGACCGAUGCCAAUAGCGAAUCAUCCCUCUUAGCUUAGACCGAUCGAAAACAUUAGCAUGCGCAUACGAUGCGCAACGACCAAAAAAUGGAGAAAAAAACACACUGGCAAAGAUCGUUUGUUAAUAUAUAUACAUAUAUAUUAUAUGCGCUCGAGAUGAAGUGAUAGCCGCGCGAGAAGAAAUAGUCACCGAUGGUGUCUCAUUGUUUUAUAAAAAAAUGACGGAAGAAUCGAUAAAAAAAUCGGUAAUUUAUUUUCUGACAGCAACGUUCUUCGUAUUGAAAGUGAAAAUUCUACGAAAAAGGAAAGACACAUACGAAGACGCAUGGUUUGCUGCAAAGUCACGGAAAAAUAUGAAUAUAAAGAUUUACGCGAGAUUGAGGAUAUAUUAUAAGCGCGGUUUAUUUAUUAAAUAAUUAUUAUAUCAAUAAACCAAUAUCUUAAAUAA